UGAGGACGUGGCUUAGAACCUCGCUCUUUUCCUCUUUUUUUUUUUUUUGGCGAUCUCUUCGCAACUUUGCUGCUCGGCUUCUAUUUUUUUCAAUUAAUUAAUUUUUUUUUGGUUUAAUUUAAUUAACGACCGUCGAUCCGUUUCCGCGCGGGGCGGAGUGGAUCGAGGGGCGCCAUGGCUUAUCCCCCUGGUUAUGGGGGGCCAGGCUCCAAACACAGGGCCAGGAUCCCCCCUGUGCCACAAUCUACGGACGCCCCCCAGCUCUUUGAUGACACCAGCUCAGGCUACGGUCCACCCCAGGCGGGCUACCCCACGCCAGGGAUCGACAUGAGUUUCAACCAGAUUUUUGCUGACCCAGUUGCUAACGUCGCCGUGGCUUACGGCACCUCCAUUGCUUCCCAGGGUAAAGACAUUGUCCAUAAAGAGAUUCACAGAUUUGUUUCUAUCAACAAGCUUAAGUACUUCUUUGCGGUGGACACGACGUACGUGAUGAAAAAAUUAGGCGUAUUAGCCUUCCCUUACAUGCACCAGAAUUGGGAAGUUCGGUACCAUCGUGAUGUUCCUCUCACUCCCCGCCAAGAUGUCAACGCUCCCGAUCUCUAUAUUCCUAGUAUGGCCUUCAUUACGUAUAUUUUGCUGGCAGGGAUGGCCCUGGGGAUACAGAAAAGGUUUUCCCCGGAGGUCCUCGGGAUGUGCGCCAGCACGGCCUUCGUGUGGAUGGUGAUCGAAGUUCUCGCCCUUCUCCUGGGUCUCUACCUUGCCACGGUCCAAAGUGAUCUGGGCACGUUUGAUCUUCUGGCUUAUUGCGGCUACAAAUAUGUUGGAAUGAUCCUCAGUCUGGUCGGGGGCUUAAUUUUUGGGCUGAAUGGCUACUACAUUACUCUGGCAUGGGCGUCCUGUUCUCUUAUGUAUUUCAUGGUGCGUUCCUUACGGAUGAAGAUCCUCACUUCGGUGGUACAAGAUGGACUGAGCCGGACCACCGGACGGGCGCAGAUGUAUGUCACGCUAGGCGCCGCUGUCUUUCAGCCUUUGGUUUUGUACUGGUUGACGGCCCAGUUGGUGCAUUAAACGGAGGAGACUUUGGGGUGCACUUCCUCCUUUUUCUGUUUCAGUUCACCCCUAAUUUCGCCGCUCCCCUAGUUCUCUUCCUGGGCCCCCCUCCCCAAAAAUUCAAGCAUGGGGCUCCACGGAGGACAAGCGGGGGAUCCAUCCCCUUGAAGAAUGACGCUAAAGGCAGCGGGUCAUUCGCACUCGUGACUCUUCUCAACCAGGAGCAGCGGAAGCUGUCCCGCUGUCCCAGUUGACGCUUGUCCACAACUCCAAAAUUGAAGUCCCCUUUUUGUUGUGUUUUUUUUUUUAAAAAAUGGGGUAGAUUCGGCGGUCUUACUUAUAGAGGCAGUUCAGGAUUUACUUGAGUUGGAUGAAUUUUGAGCCUUUCUAGCACAAAAAUAUGGAUUUUCUGUUUUUGCUGUCUCCACUGGUGGUCUUCUCGCCAGGAUUGUGGGUGUAGAAAUGGUGUUUCUCCACCGUGAAGAUGGGUGGGCUUCAAGUCCCAGCAUUCCAUGCUGGCUGAGGAAUUCUGGGAGUUGAAGUCCACCUAUUUUCCGAGGGGCUGAGACUGAGAAGCACCGAUCUAGAACUAAUCCAGUAUGGUUCUUCAUUGCCGAGAAGUGAAAAAAGAUGCAAAGGCAGAGAUGAAAAAAAUAAAAUAAAAUAAAAUUUGAAGUGUGAAGAGUUUGGGUUGGACUCGCCUGUGGGGUGAGGAGAGGAAUCUCUGUUUGAUUUUCUACCGUCGUUCCCUUGACGGAUUUUUUUGGUUUUCUUGCACGUGUGAUAAAAGUUUAUAAAACUCUGCAGUGGGCAGAACAAAACUGGC